GGGAAGUAAGUUUCCUGAGCCACGGCAGCGGCUUUGGAGGAGACCAGCAAACCGUGUUGUGUCUGGGAAUCUCCAAGCCUCUACCUAUUUGUGUUGUGUGGCUUCAUGGAUUUUCAGUACCAAGAAAGCCUCAGCUUACUUGAAAGACUGGAAUUUCAGCUCUCUUCCUUGACUGGGAUGUUUUCUCUCCCUCUUCCUCUGAAAACUCUUUAAACUCGAUUACCAGGUCAGGACCACCAGCCCUUCACUUCCCAGGGUGUCUAACUCUUGGCUUGGAAAGAAAACCACCACCUGAUUAGAGAAGCCCUUGGGAGGCACAUUAAUCUUGCCAGCGUUGUCAGGAGUGAUCAGCGAGUUUUAUUAAAAAGCCCAGAUUGCCUGAAAGGCCUCCUUGUCUGAGUCUGAAUGGAAGAGGCAUGGUAAGAUCUUGGGGCAUGCUAUCGGGACCUCUGGUCUCGCCCCUUGGACUGCUAGCUGACACUCUGAAAGGAAGUACAGGAGUCCUGCUCUGCUGAGCAGAUUGUACCUGCGGACAGAACUGGCCCUGGCAUCAUGAACUCUUCAGCUUGUACUGGACCCAGGGUCCUGCUGUUCUUACUGCUCCGGCUGCUUCUGCUGCACCUAGACCUGGCCAACUCCACCUUCAUCAGCAUCAACCGGGGCCUGCGGGUGAUGAAGGGCAGCUCUGCCUUCCUGUCUGGAGAUCAUCUGAAGUUUGCUGUCCCCAAAGAGAAGGAUGCCUGUAGAGUGGAGGUGGUGGUGAAUGAACCGAUAACCCAGAGGGUUGGGAAACUCACGCCACAGGUCUUUGAUUGCCAUUUCCUUCCAAACGAAGUGCAGUAUGCUCACAAUGGAUGCCCAAUUCUUGAUGAAGAUUCUGUGAAGCUUAGACUCUACAGAUUUACUGAAACAGACACCUUCAUGGAAACCUUUCUCUUGCGAGUCUAUCUUGUGGAACCAGACUGUAACAUCAUCCGCCUGAGCAGCAAUAUGCUGGAGGUGACUGAAUUCUACGGAUUGUCCCAAGCCAUUGAUAAGAACUUGCUCCAGUUUGACUAUGAUAGGACAGCCAACUUGGACUGCACCAUCAGACUGGACCCAGUGAGGACUCAUCUGCCAGCCCAUGGCAAGCUGGUUACACUGAAUCGUAAGCCGGAGGGACCUCGUGGAGAUCAGCCACACAGCUUUUUUUCGGAGACCCAGCUGAAGUGUCCCGGUGGAAGCUGUGCCCUGGGCCUGCAGGAGGUGGGGAGUCUGAGAGCGAGUUGUGAGGAGUUCCUGAUGAUGGGGCUUCGCUACCAACACACACGCCCCCCUUCGCCCAACAUCGACUAUAUUGCCAUCCAGCUGGAUCUCACUGACAGAAGGAGUAAAACCACGUACAAGUCAGAGAGUGCGUGGCUGCCUGUCAACAUUAGAGUGGGCAUUCCUAACCAGGCCCCCAGGGCUGCUUUCAUGGCCAUGUUUGUUCUGGAGGUGGACCAAUUCAUUCUGACCCCCCUGACGACCUCAGUUCUGGACUGUGAGGAAGAUGAGACCCCCAAACCCUUGCUGGUGUUCAACAUCACUAAGGCCCCACCCCAGGGCUAUGUAACCCACCUGCUGGACCAUACCAGAGCCAUCUCUUCGUUCACCUGGAAGGAUCUAAGUGACAUGCAGGUUGCCUAUCAGCCACCAAACAGCAGUUACCCUGAGAGGAGACAUUACAAGCUGGAGGUGGAGGUGUACGACUUCUUCUUUGAGAGGAGCGCCCCCAUCACGGUCCACAUCUCCAUCAGAACAGCGGACACGAAUGCACCCCGGGUGUCCUGGAAUACAGGUCUGAAUCUCCUCGAGGGGCAGUCUCGGGCCAUCACUUGGGAGCAGUUUCAGAUUGUUGACAACGAUGACAUUGGUGCUGUGCAGUUGGUCACCAUUGGUGGCCUGCAGCAUGGACGGCUUACAGUAAGAGAGGGGAAAGGAUUUCUCUUCACUGUGGCCGACCUUCAGGCUGGAGUCGUUCGCUAUCAUCAUGAUGACAGUGACUCUACCAAAGACUUCGUGGCUUUCAGGAUAUUUGAUGGCCAACACAGCAGCCAUCACAAGUUUCCUAUCAACAUCUUGCCUAAAGAUGACAGUCCCCCAUUCCUCAUAACCAAUGUUGUUAUUGAACUAGAAGAGGGGCAGACCGUCUUGAUCCAAGGGUCCAUGCUGAGAGCUUCAGACGUGGACUCCAGUGAUGACUACAUCUACUUUAACAUCACAAGGUUCCCACAGGCUGGGGAGAUCAUGAAGAAGCCAGGGCCAGGACUGGUAGGGUAUCCUGUCCCUGGCUUCCUUCAGAGAGACCUGUUCAGUGGAAUCAUUUACUAUCGUCACUUUGGUGGAGAAAUCUUUGGAGAUUCUUUUGAAUUUGUCUUGUGGGACAGCCAUGAACCUCCGAAUCUCUCAGGGCCACAGGUCGUGACGAUCCAUAUCUCUCCAGUAGCUGACCAGCUUCCAAAAGAAGCUCCUGGCAUUUCCCGGCAUUUGGUUGUCAAGGAAACGGAGGUGGCCUACAUCACUAAAAAGCACCUACAUUUCCUAGAUACAGAAUCACAGGAUGGGAAGCUCGUCUACACAGUAACACGUCCUCCGUGUUUCUUCUUCACCCACAGACACUUGGACGCCGGGAAGUUAUUCAUGGUGGACAGCAUACCAAAGCUAACCAAAAACCCUACAGCCCUGGCGCUCCGGUCAUUUACCCAGCACGCUGUGAACCAUAUGAAAGUGGGCUACAUGCCACCCAUGCAAGAUAUAGGUCCCACCCCUCGACAUGUGCAGUUCACAGUGUCUGUCAGGAACCAGCGUGGAGGCACCUUGCACGGAAUCUGCUUCAACAUCACUAUUCUCCCAGUGGACAAUCAGGUUCCUGAGGUAUUCACCAACACCCUGAGAGUGUCCGAGGGUGGUCAGUGCACCGUCAGCACAGAGAACAUUCUGGUUUCUGAUGUGGACACCCCACUGGACAGCAUCUGUCUCUCUCUUCGGAAGAUGCCUCUCCACGGCAGGGUAGAGCUGAAUGGGUUUCCUCUUAACCCAAGAGACACAUUUUCAUGGAAGGACCUCAUUACCUUAAAAGUUAGGUAUCGCCAUGACGGAGCUGAGGUUUUCCAGGAUGCGAUAUUCUUGGAGGUCACAGAUGGCACAAACUCAGCAGAAUUUGUCCUACACAUUGAGGUAUUCCCUGUGAAUGAUGAGCCACCUGUUCUCAAGGCCGACCUCAUCCCCAUGAUGCAUUGCUCAGAGGGUGGAGAAGUGACUAUCACCCCUGAGUACAUUUUUGCUACUGAUGCAGACAGCGACGACUUGAAACUCUUGUUUCUGAUUGCCCGAGAACCUCAGCAUGGGGUGGUGAGAAAGGCUGGAAUCCGCGUGGACAGGUUCUCUCAGGGAGAUGUCAUCUCAGGGGCUGUGACGUACAAACACACAGGUGGCGAGAUUGGCCUGGCACCUUGUUUUGACACCAUUAUAUUGGUGCUUUCGGAUGGUGAGGCCAGCCCUUUGGUGAAUGACUGUUGCUACAAUGGACCCGAUCCAUCUGCUCCUCUUCAUGAGUCCUUUCCCAUGUACGAGCUUAACAUCACGGUGCAUCCUGUCGACAACCAGCCGCCUUCAGUCCUUAUAGGUAGGCCGCUCGUGGUGGACGAAGGCUUCUCAGGAACCCUCACGACUCAUCAUUUGACGGCCACUGACCCGGACACCGCGCCGGAUGACUUAGAAUUUGUUUUGGUGUCGCACCCCCAGUUUGGCUACCUUGAAAACACACUCCCUUCUGCAGGUUUUGAGAAAAGUAACAUGGGCAUACGCAUAGCUUCGUUCCGGUGGAGAGACAUGAAGGCUUUGCACAUUAACUACGUGCAGUCCAGGCACCUGAGGGUGGAACCAACUGCCGAUCAGUUCAUGGUGUACGCCACAGAUGGGAAGGGACGCUCCUUAGAGACAACAUUCCAUGUUGUCAUCAACCCCACAAACGAUGAAGCGCCUGACUUUGCGGUACAGAAUAUCACUGUGUGUGAGGGUCAGAUGACAGAGCUGGAUUCUUCCUUCAUCACUGCUGCUGACAGGGAUGUUCCCAAGGACCCCUUACUCUUCAGCAUCCCUCGCAAGCCCCAACAUGGCCUCCUCAUUGACGUGGCGAUCAGCAAAGAGUCUCCUCAGAUCAAACAGGAAAUUCACAACUUCUCCAUGGACCUUCUCAAGGCUGGAAUGAAGCUGGCCUAUGUCCAUGACGAUUCAGAGAGUCUCACUGAUGCCUUUGUGAUCCAGUUGUCUGAUGGGAAGCAUACAAUCCUUAAAACCAUUUCAGUUGCUAUCACCCCAGUGAACGAUGAGAAACCAACGCUAAGCAAGAAGGCUGAAAUCUCUAUGGCCGCGGGCGAUACGCGUGUUCUGUCUAGUGCUGUUCUUUCUGCCAUUGAUAAAGACUCUCCCAGGGAGACCAUUCAGUAUUUAUUCCAAAGGCUUCCCCAAAACGGGCAACUUCAGCUUAAGAUAGGAAGGGACUGGGUCCCUCUCUCAGCUGGCAUGCAGUGCACCCAGGAGGAUGUGGAUCUGAACUUGCUGAGAUACACACACACUGGCAAGAUGGAUUCCCAGAAUGGGGACAGUUUCGCCUUCUACCUCUGGGAUGGGGACAACAGAUCACCUGCGUUUGACUGUCACAUCACCAUCGAGGAUUCGCGGAAAGGUGAUAUUGUGAUUCAUGCAAAACCACUCGUGGUAGCCAAAGGUGACAGAGGUUUCUUGUCGACUGCCACUCUCCUGGCUGUGGAUGGAGCAGACAAGCCCGAGGAAUUACUCUACCUCAUCACGUCCCCACCGCAGUAUGGCCAGGUGGAGUACAUCCACUAUCCCGGAGUCCCCAUCACCAGCUUUAGCCAAAUGGACAUAGCAGGACAGACAGUCUGCUACAUACACAAGAGCUGGGUGGCCGUCCCCAGUGACAGCUUCGGAUUUACCAUCAGCAAUGGACUGCAGACCCGGCAGGGGGUGUUUGAGAUCACACUGGAGACUGUGGAUAGAGCCUUGCCUGUGGUGACCAGGAACAAGGGGCUGAGGCUGGCAGAAGGGACCAUGGGCCUCCUGUCCACUGAGCACCUCCAGCUGACCGACCCUGACACCCCUCCAGACAGCCUAACCUUCCUUCUGGUCCAGCUCCCCCGCCACGGGUACCUCUACCUGAGGGGGAAAGUCCUUCACCAUAACUUUACCCAGCAAGACGUGGACAGCGGGGAUGUGGCCUAUCAGCACUCCGGAGGCAGCUCCCAGGCAGACGGCUUCACUUUCCUGGCCACAGACAGGAAGAACCAAGGCUUCAUUGUGGAUGGGAAGGUGCGGAAACAGCCUGUUCUCUUCACCAUCCAGGUGGACCAGCUGGACAAAGCAGCACCCCGGAUCACACGCCUGCACUCCCCUUCUCAAGUGGGGCUCUUGAAAAAUGGCUGUUAUGGCAUUUACAUCACCUCCCAUGUGCUGAAGGCGUCAGACCCUGACACAGAGGAUGACCAGAUCAUUUUUAAGAUUUUAAGAGGCCCACUGCACGGACGUCUGGAGAACACGACCACAGGUGAAUUUAUCCAUGAGCGAUUUAGCCAGAAGGACUUAAGCAGCAAGACCAUUCUUUACAUCAUAAACCCAUCUCUGCAAGUGAAUUCAGAUAUCCUGGAAUUUCAGAUCAUGGACCCCGCAGGGAACACUGCCACCCCUCAAAGCUUGGAGCUGAAGUGGUCUUUUAUUGAAUGGUUCCAGACUGAAUACGAGGUCUGUGAGAAUGUGGGCUUGUUACCCUUGGAAGUUACCAGAAGGGGCUAUUCCAUGGAUUCUGCCUUUGUGAGCAUAGAGGUCAACCAAGUGUCAGCUGUAGUUGGAAAGGAUUUUACUGUCACGCCUUCCAAACUGAUCCAGUUUGACCCAGGAAUGUCAACUAAGAUGUGGAAUAUAGCAAUUACCUAUGACGGAUUAGAGGAAGAUGAUGAGGUCUUUGAAGUAAUUCUGAACUCCCCUGUGAAUGCCGUUCUUGGCACAAAGACAAAAGCUGCAGUGAAAAUUUUGGACUCAAAAGGAGGACGGUGCCAUCCUUCAAAUUCCUUCAACCAAAGCAAGCACAGCGCAUGGGGGAAGGGCAGCGGGCAGCCGCUGCGCCCAGGGUCAUCCUCACUCACCACGGCUGGCUCUCCUCGGCUGGAAAGAGGGCCUCCUCCGUCUCUCACCAAAGGAGAUGCCCUUCAGGGCUUUGAUCCCACAGACCUCUCUCAGAGGAAGAUGAGGACCCAUGGGAAUGGCAAACCAGUCCACCCUUCCUCCGUUUGUAGAAAUGGAACAGACACCAUGUACAAUUAUCAGGGCAUAGUUUCCUUGAAACUAGACGGUGACGAUUUCUCUGCUCACAAACGGAAGGCCAAACUAUCAGUCAUUAGGCAGCCACAGAAGACAAUCCCGGUGGCAGAAUUGCCUCUAGCUGAUAAGGUGGAAUCCCCAGCCGGCUCACACUUCCCCAGACAGGGUCAGCUGCCCUCGUUUCCAAAGAAUUGCUCUGUGGCGUUAAAGGGACUGUUUCAUUUUGAAGAAGGCACCCACAGACUGUAUCUAUGUGAUGGGACCACCUGGAAAGCCUGGAGCCCCCAAACCAAGGGCCUGGAGGACAGAUCCUGCCCAGCUGGAUGGCAUCUUCACUCAGGCUAUUGCCACACCUUGGUCACACAGAGGAAAGGCACCUGGACCACUGCUACCCGAGCUUGCAGAGAACAGUAUCAGGGCAACCUUGUGACCAUCUUCUCCAGGAGGCAUAUGCAGUGGUUAUGGGAUAUCAGUGGACGAAAGCCCUUCUGGAUAGGUUUGAAGAACCAAGCCCGCACUGGCCGCUGGGAGUGGAUUGGAGGUGAACCCGUUGCUUUCACCAACUGGAAGAGAGGGCCCCCUCAGCACCCAAAGCCUGGGAAGAACUGUGUUUUGGUUCACAAAAGAGGACAAUGGCAAUCAAAGAACUGUAGUAAAGGCAAGGCCCACAGUUUUGUGUGCUCAAGGAAACUCCAAAUGUAACCUGAGAUUUCUCACCUUUCAAUUACAAGGUCUAUGUAUACUACUCAGUAGAAAUGCAUUUUUGUGGCUGGCUGGUUUUGUCUUUGUGAGUCUAUCAAGUAAACAUGGAAGCUAGAUCAACAGUCCCAGGAAGGUAGAUGGAUGAGUGUGUCUUUCAAGAUGAGAUACAAUUUAUGUAUCUCAGUAUUUUUCUAAAUAAACAACCGCGGUAUUAUCGGUUGUAAUAUUUGUUUCUUCUAGAAGAUUCAUACUCUUUCCUAUGCCAACUCUCAGGCAAUACAGAUUUACAUGGACCUUAGAUACUUUUGUUUCUAGACCUCAUCCAGAAAGAGCACUAUUGCGGGUGCUUCUACCAGAGUCCGAGUGAAGCUAGCCCUGCAUUUCUAGUCAGCCAGGAUUGAAUGCUGAGGGUUGGUUCAUAUCUUUGAGCUCUUUUAAUGUGAAACUUAAAAUUAGAGGCUGUGGGUAGACAAGGGGGCCCUCUUUUGAAUAAAAGAACCUUUCAGGAGGAUGCUCAACUGCACAGGUCUAGUGAGGUGGAGGCAGGGGCCUGCCUCUACUGGAGAGAGUGAAGCAUUCAACUCACGAAACAUGCUCUGUCCCAAUGAAGUCAUGGCAUUGCGCCAUUCCUUUGUUAAGUAUUGGGUUUCCAUGUGAAUUUUGAAAUAGCAGUAUCUCCCUCUCCAUUUACUAUGCUGAUUAAUAUUUUUAAAGGACCCUUGGAAUGAGGAGGAAAUAUGCAUACUGGUUGACACACAGAAGAAAAAUACCCCCUCCCUCAGAAGCAUUCCCAUGAACUAUGCUUGUGAACAAAGAAAACCAAUACUGGAGCCAGAACCUUUGGAAACUCACAGUGUUGGAGAGGACUUUGAUGUGCCUUUAAGCUUUUAAAUCUGUAAUAUUUGCAGAGAUGCUCUGCUAACUAGGUUCUCUAAUAGAAGGGACCUUAUUAAUUUAUAAACUCAGUUGAGAGAAAUGUUUUUGUAGCAAUGAGCCAUGCUGUGACUCUCUCAACAAUCCCUUCUGGAUUCCCCGGGGUUAAUUAUAGGAAGUCAGAAUGUCCUUUUUGAAAUGUGUAUUAAAACGUUUCUUUUUUAAUAAUCACUAAAAAAUAUGGUUGUGCCAAAUAUAGCCCGUCAUAUGAGCACCAGUGUAACUUUAGAAUUAAAUGAGGUGUUCAUGUAGACUAGAGCUUUAGGACAGACUUUUUAAAUAGAAUAAUAAUAUCUCUAGUGUUAGAGACACUAAAAAUGGUUUAAGAAAGUCUUUCCAGUUUCUGGAUAUAAAACAUGACAGGCUUGCCUCAUUUCUGCUCAUUUAUCAAAGUUUCAAUUCAUAGACAAUUUUACCUAAAGAGGUUAGGAUCAGACUCAGACAUUCUGUCUCUUACUGAAAUCCGGAUGUAAUUGCAGAGUUGGGCCCAGUUACCUCAGAGGUCUAGAGUCCUCUGUAGAUAGUAAAAUGCAAAGAAAUGUGGAAUAUAAAGAUCCUUUAGUGUUUAACCAAAACAGGCCAAACCCUUCCUCCUCUCUGGCUCCAGCCUGGCUCCUUGUGAUCCAUUGGCUUCUGUACUAUGCAGAGGUGGGAUUCGAGGUGAAGAGAAGAGGUUGGACCCCGCAGUUCAGAGAGUGAGGGAUUCAUUCUAAAGGUGCAUAUGCUAUUUAAAGCUGGGAAUAGAAAACUGUGCCAACCAUGCUCAAUCUGGUUGGCAUGGCCAGUUUCCUAUACUCUCCUGCCAUGAAAAUGGUACGGCUGCAAUUGCAAAUGGUUAGCACAGAGAAUUGUUUGAUUUAUUUAAGAUCAAUUAGGAAUAGACCAUUUUGAAAUUUUUCUGAUCAUAAAAGCUUUGCCAAAUUGAGAAAUCAGGUCUGAACAUACGAAUUCAGGCAGGCUUAGAUGCCGGGCAUGGCGUGACUGUUGGGGUUGAAUAGGAAUGGCUGGAGAUGGAGUAGCCAGGAAGGACAUAAGGAGGUGCGACCCGACUGUCCCCAGCCCUUCUCCUCUAACUUGAAUGCCCACUCAGGAAUUUCCUACAUGCAAGGGCAUACGUGCAGCUCAGUGGUAUAUAACUUUUCAAAACUUUCUGAUACUUGAUCUUUUAAGAAUACAGAGUGUAUUUUUACGACGAUUUUACUUUAAGAUUUUAACAAAUCUUAUAUUCUGGAGUUAAUCAUCUCCUCUCCUCCCCUGCAAAGGUCAAAACAAACUGAGUAACAGUUAUUUGUAUUUCUAUUUUUCAAACGACCCAAAUACGUUAUGCAUUUUAACAACCACUAUGAUUCUGUGUAAUGUAAACCAUCACCUGGUGCUGAUGAAUCUCUGUAAUGAAGUAGCAGAUUGAAUGCACUGUAUCUAGUGCUGUGUGAAAAAUUAGCAAAAUAAACAUGUAUAAUUCUCAGAUAUCAAACCUUUAGUUCUUCCCAUUUUCCAUUUUUCCAUGGAGCCUCCCAGGUAUUGUUCUACUUCUGCCACUUUAUUUGCUUUUUCAAGACAGUCUCUCUCUAUGUAGCCCAGGCUGGCCUUGACCUCAUGACCCUCCUGCUUCAGUCUCCUGAGUGCUGGCAUGCCAGGUGUGUGUCGCUAUCAAUUUAUAUCUUAAUGAUGCUACGCCUUUUAGAGAAGGGAUGGGUGUGAAACCUCCACACGUCUGUACCUUUUUGUUGGUUAGACUAGCUGGUAGCUCUUAACUGCUGUGCAUUCAUACAGCAUUUAUUCAGUGAGAGCGAGUAUGCAGCAUCAGCUCUACGCCUGGCAUGGUCUUAAGCAUCAAGAGAUAUGGUAGAGAGUGGAAUAAGAAAAACACAGAGCUUAUAUGCAAAUUUCCGGAAGUUUUAAAGCCUAGGUUUCUCUGUGUAGCCCUGGCUGUGCUGGAACUUGCUUAAUAGACCAGGCUGACCUCGAACUCACAGAGAUGUGCCUAUCUCUGUCCCCCAAGUUCUGGGAUUAAAGGAGUGCACCACCACUGCCCAGUUUACCCGGGGAGGGUUUUUACCAGGGAGAAAGUUGCAGAGGAGCCUGGUGUUUAUAUCAUCUCUCUUCAGACCAGGAAGGAAACACAUUCCAGGGCAAACUAUUCAGGAUCAUUUCUGUUAUGUUUCUCCAGAUUACAAAAAGAGUACGCAUUUCCUAAGCUUAUAAUCAAGGCCAAGUAUCAUUAAUACCAGCAUGAUCAAAUUCAUGCCUCCACUAAAAAGAUAGGAUCAAAGAUUUUUAAAUAUAGUUAAUUCAUUUUCUAACCUUCCCCUUAAACCAUAGGGGUUUGUGUCUCUAAGACAGAUUCUUGGAGGAACAGAAAUCAAAGCGAGAUCUUCGAUAUCAUCUUAUCUGCUACUCACCUUUUACAGAGAACGCUGAGAUCCUCUGAAGUCAUAAUGUGAAAUCAGCACCAAGACUGGCAUCUUAGGAAUGACAGGCAGCAGGAUGGAGACAUAAAUGAGUAACACACUUGCUAUGUGAGCAGAAGGACCUGUGUUCUUAACCAGCACCCUUGGAACAAGCCAGAGUCUGUGUGUAGGGGUAUGUGUGCUUGUAAUCCCAGCACUGGGAAGGCAGAGACUGGAAUGUCUCUAGGACUCUCUGGUCAGGCUAGUCUAAAGAAUAAGACCAGGUCCCAGUAAGAGGCACUGGUGGACAGCUCCUGAACAACAACACUGGAGAGCAACUCUGGCCUCUAGCCUCUAUAUGUGUAAACACACACACACACAUACACACACGCACACACACACAUUGCGUGCAUACCCUCUCCCCCACACACACACA